UUUGUUGUUGUUGUGAUGCUAGCACUGUACUGUACAGUUACAAGGAAGGAUGUGCUUGCGCUGAUGCAGGAUUCCGGGAUAAAUAGGAAUUGUGUUUUUCUGGCUCUAAUAUGUUCAUGUCGUCGUCUGUGUUGCGGAAAGAACAAGAUUAAGUUUCAUGAGAAAUAAUGAACGCCGCAUAGUUUUUUUUUCAGUGAAAUACCACUUCACUGUUUCGCUAACAGGGAAUAGUUCUGACUAGACUGCACGGGGUUGAACAGAGGGAGCAUCAUGGGGAACCAGCUUGCUGGGAUCGCGCCAUCGCAGAUUCUCAGUGUCGACAGCUACUUUUCAGACAUCCAUGACUUUGAAUACGAUAAAAGCCUUGGGAGCACCAGGUUCUUCAAGGUUGCGAGGGCGAAACACAGGGAGGGCUUGGUAGUGGUUAAGGUCUUCGCUAUUCAGGACCCUUCGUUGCCUCUGACGAGCUACAAACAGGAGCUGGAGGAGCUGAAGAUCCGCCUGCACUCAUCGCAGAACUGCCUCCCGUUUCAAAAGGCAACUCUCACGGAGAAGGCGGCCAUGCUCUUUCGGCAGUACGUCCGAGACAACCUGUACGACCGGAUCAGUACCAGGCCCUUCCUGAACAACAUCGAGAAGAAGUGGAUCGCCUUCCAGAUCCUGAACGCGGUCGACCAAGCUCACAAGUCUGGGGUCCGCCAUGGAGACAUCAAGACGGAGAACGUCAUGGUGACGAGCUGGAACUGGGUCCUGCUCACCGACUUUGCCAGUUUCAAGCCCACCUACCUGCCUGAGGACAACCCCGCUGAUUUCAAUUACUUUUUCGACACCUCCAGAAGAAGGACGUGCUAUAUCGCGCCAGAGCGCUUCGUAGACGGCAGUAUGUUUGCCACGGAGAGCGACCAAACCACCCCUCUGGUAGACCUCACCAGUAACAGUCAGAGAACGCGAGGAGAGCUCAAACAGGCCAUGGACAUUUUCUCUGCAGGUUGUGUUAUAGCAGAGCUUUUCACAGAAGGAGUACCCUUGUUUGACCUCUCCCAGUUGCUGGCUUACAGAAAGGGACAUUUUCAGACGGAACAAGUACUAAUGAAAAUUGAGGAUCGGAGUAUCAGGGAUCUGGUGGCUCAGAUGGUCCAGCGCGAGCCGGAUCAGCGCUUGACAGCAGAGGAGUACUUGAAACAGCAGAGGGGCAACGCCUUCCCUGACAUCUUCUACACCUUUCUGCAGCCUUACAUGGCCCAGUUUGCGAAAGAGACCUUUCAGUCUGCAGACGAGCGCAUCCUCGUGAUCCGCAAGGACCUGGAGAACAUCAUCCACAACCUCUGCGGGGGCGACCGCGCGGAGAAGUCCGAGGGGGACACCAAAGAGCACGGAUUGGUUAUCCUGGUGUCCGUCAUCACCUCUUGCUUGCAGACCCUCCGCUACUGCGACUCCAAGCUGGCGGCUCUGGAGCUCAUCCUGCACCUGGCCGAGAGGCUCUGCGUGGCGAUCGUGCUGGAUCGCAUCACUCCUUAUCUGCUGCACUUCUGCAAUGACCCGGUGCCCCGGGUGAGGGCAGAGGCCGUGAGAACCCUCACCAAAGUGCUCGCGCUUGUCAAGGAGGUGCCCCGCAAUGACAUCAACAUCUACCCAGAAUACAUCCUGCCUGGGAUUGCCCAUCUAGCCCAGGAUGAAGCCACCAUAGUUAGACUUGCCUAUGCAGAGAACAUAGCACUCCUGGCUGAGACCGCCCUUCGCUUUCUGGAGCUGGUUCAGGAGAAUAACCUGAAUGUGGAACAUGAUUUAAAUGGAGAAGAUGCUGAAGAAGCUCUGCAUCCCAAUGAAAACUAUGACUCUGAGCUGCAGGCCCUGCACGAGAUGGUGCAGCAGAAGGUGGUGACGCUGCUCAGCGACCCCGAGAACAUUGUGAAGCAGACGCUCAUGGAGAACGGCAUCACCCGCCUCUGCGUCUUCUUCGGCCGGCAGAAGGCCAACGACGUGCUCCUCUCCCACAUGAUCACCUUUCUCAACGACAAGAACGACUGGCACCUCCGGGGGGCCUUUUUCGACAGCAUCGUGGGGGUUGCAGCGUACGUGGGCUGGCAGAGCUCCUCCAUCCUGAAGCCCCUCCUGCAGCAGGGCCUGAGUGACGCCGAGGAGUUCGUCAUCUACAAAGCCCUCCACGCCCUCACCUGCAUGUGUCAGCUGGGGCUGCUGCAGAAGCCCCACAUCGACGAGUUUGUCGGGGAUAUCGCUCCCUUUCUCUGCCAUCCUAACCUCUGGAUCCGGUAUGGGGCAGUUGGGUUCAUGACUGUUGUGGCUCAGCACCUCAACAUAGCAGAUGUUUACUGCAAGUUGAUGCCUCAUUUAAAUCCCUUUAUUACCCAGCCAAUCAUACAGAUUGACAAGGAAAUAGUCCUCCUCAGUGUUCUGAAGGAACCUGUGAGCCGUUCCAUAUUCGACUAUGCGUUGAGGUCGAAAGAUAUCGGCAGCUUGUUCAGGCACCUGCAUCUCCGCCAGAAGAAACGCAUCGGUUCCAUUCCUGAGUGUCCUGGGCCUGAGGACCCAGCUGUAGGGCAGAUUCUGAAGAAACUGCUCUCACAGGGAAUGACUGAAUCUGAGGAAGAUAAGCUGUUGGCUCUGAAAGACUUCAUGCUAAAAUCAAACAAGGCCAAGGCUAACAUUAUGGACCAGAGCCACCUGAAUGACAGUGCCCAGAGUGGAGUGAUUGAUCUGGGCAUGUUGGGAAUCACUGGCCGACACGUUGAUCUCAUCAAACCCAAACAAGAAGCAGAGGAAAAAAGAGCAAGAAAACAAACAAAGCAAGACUCCAACAUGAACGAAGAGUGGAAAAGCAUGUUUGGUUCCUUGGAGCCUUCAAACGCAACGCAGACGGUGCCCGACGGAGCAGGGCCUCAGCCCCGGAAGACCGCCUCGUCCCCGGCGGUGGUGCAGCCCGCCGGCGGCUCCUCGGCCUACCAGAGGAGGAUCACCACCUGCAAGACCGAGCUGCAGCAGCUGGUGCAGCAGAAGAGGGAGCAGUGCAGCGCGGAGAGGAUGACCCAGCAGAUGAUGGAGAGUGCAGAGUGGGAGACCAGGCCGCCCCCUCCAGGAUGGCACCCCAAGGGCCUCCUGGUGGCUCACCUGCACGAACACAAAUCGGCAGUCAGUCGCAUCCGGGUUUCCGACGAGCACUCCAUUUUUGCAACAUGCUCCAAUGAUGGAACAGUGAAAAUCUGGGACAGCCAGAAAAUGGAAGGAAAGACCACAACUACCAGGUCGGUGCUGACUUACUCGCGCAUUGGCGGACAUGUGAAAACGCUCACGUUCUGUCAGGGUUCACAUCUAUUAGCUGUCGCCUCGGAUAAUGGAUCUAUCCAGCUCCUGGCAAUUGAAGCAAACAAGCCUCCCAAGUCUCCCAAAGUUCAUCCGUUUCAAACCAGGUUCUUGGACCAGAAGGACGAUGGCUGUGUGGUCGAUAUGCAUCACUUCAACGCGGGGGCGCAGUCCGUGCUGGCCUACGCCACUGUGAAUGGCUCUCUGGUUGGGUGGGACCUCAGGUCAUCCACCAACGCAUGGACUCUGAAGCAUGACCUCAGACUGGGCCUCAUCACGUCCUUUGCAGUUGACAUACAUCAGUGUUGGCUAUGUGUUGGUACAAGCAACGGUACAAUGGCUUGCUGGGACAUGAGAUUUCAGCUUCCAAUCUCCAAUCACUCGCACCCUGCCAGGGCUCGGAUCAGGAGGCUCCUUAUGCACCCUCUCUACCAGUCAUCCGUUAUAGCAGCUGUCCAGGGAAACAAUGAGGUCUCCAUGUGGGACAUGGAAACGGGAGAUCGGAAAUUUACCUUGUGGGCUAGUUCGACCCCUCCUCUGUCUGAAAUGCAGCCAUCUCCCCACAGUGUCCAUGGGAUAUACUGCAGUCCCGCGGAUGGGAACCCUUUGCUCUUGACUGCUGGAUCGGAUAUGAGGAUACGGUUUUGGGACCUUGCUUACCCAGAGAGGUCCUAUAUUGUCGCUGGGGGAGCCAAUGACUCCCUUCACUGCCCCUCUGUCUUCUACAGUCGCAAGAUUAUCGAAGGGACAGAAGUUGUACAGGAAAUCCACAGCAAGCAGAAGAGUGGAUCCACAGAAGAUGUGCCUCGUCGUGGACCAGAGUCUCUGCCCAUGGGCCACCAUGAUAUCAUCACGGACAUCGCCACUUUCCAAACCACGCAGGGCUUUAUAGUGACGUCUUCCAGAGACGGCAUUGUUAAAGUGUGGAAAUAAGAGCACUGUCCCUCCCAGAGAUGCAGUCAGUCAUAUUGUACUAUAUAUAGCAGUCUAUGUAAAGACACUUUAAGUUAAUCAGAGAGAAGCUGUUAGCACUGAUAUUGUAGAAUAUGUAUUGAAAAGGCAGCAGCAUUGCCUAAACAGAUUCGCUCCUUCAGAAGAAUGUAAAAGAACGAUGCCAACAAGAUCUGUAUAGUAAACUGAAUAAAUGUGUUCAGACUUCGAGUUGUGUUUAGCACUCCAGCUCUGUGACCAGGCUUCUGCCUUCUCAUGUGGCUUUUGUCUUUCAUUUCAAACG